UGGGGUUCAGGUAGGGAUCAAUGACCUAUACAAAAUGUUGGGAAAGGUUAUUGACGAUUCUUAAUUGGAUCGUUUCGUCAUAUAAAGCCGUUUCAAUCCCAAAUUCAAUUUUAUUUUAUCUUUGUGAAGUUAAAAAUGUUAAAAGCACUUUGACAUUUAUCAAAUUUAGUCGGAUUAGCUCAAAUAGAUGGCGCUAAAAAUAAAAAAGCUCCAAAAAGCUCCAAGGAAGCUUUAAGUGGCAAGGUGUAAAAGAAAAUGUAUAAUAUUACGUGUUACGGAGUUUACAUGAAAUUUAUUAUAUUUAUCAGAAAAAUCCGGAGGAUUAUGAUGACAAAAAGAUUAUUGGAAUAUUUUUUACGUUACAAAUUAUUGACAGCUAUCUGGGUUUCGCAGGGAAUUGCUUUAUGACUACAACGAACAUAACAAGUGUAACAUUUAACCCAAGUUUUCAUAAUAAUAAGAUAUAAAAACGACUAAACAAUAUAAUUUUAUUUACUUAAAAGGAUUUCUGCUUACAUAAAAUGGAUUUAUUAACAACCAGGCCACGCCACAGGAAAAUAUCUCAAUCGCAACAACCCCAAAGAAGGAGACCGACUUCAACGGGGUCAAAUAGUUCAAGUAGUACAAUAAACCAAAAAAAUUCCAAUAAAAAAGGACCUCAACAAAAAGAUUCAACACUUCCUAAAAGAAUUGCACCAAUUAGGAAUGAAUUGAACGAAAGAAAUCAACCUCGUUUAUUAACUGACAGAAAUCGUUCUGUUUUACCACAGGAACCUCAUCUUCCAAUAAAAAAAUUGAUUGAAACGAAAUCGACAACAACACAAACUGAAGUAUUAAUUAUUGAGAAGAAAUUACAUGAUUCCUUGUUAGUUAUUGUUGAAAGUACCUUGGAAAUUCUUCAAAAAAAUCUUGAAAAAAUCCUUGGUGAUAAGAAAACUAUCGAGGAUAGUUAUGGAAAGUUAAUUGAAGACAUUUUGGAUAAAAUCGAUACCAAAAAGCAACCCAAAUUAUCGGAAAACAAAAAAAAUUUAGAAUUAAAGAUUAGGGAAUAUAAAAAUUAUCUUAAAAACAAACAUAACCUCGAAAAGGAAAAAUCUAAAGUUGAAAAACAUCAAAAAAAGGUUGAAUUGAAAAGUAAAGAUUUAAACCAAAAAGAUCCUUUAAGGUUAAAACGCCAAUUUAGCCUGGAAAAAUUAACCAAACUUAGUUUGGGGUUAAAAAAUUCUUCUCAAGAACCGGUCGAAACACCUAAAUUAAAGCGCCAAUAUAGUUUUGAACAUGUACCAAUUAAAAAUCAAGAAGAAAAUGAACCAACAAACAUCAACGAUCUUAAAAGUCGAUUAACAAAGGUAAUGAAUCAUUUUAAAUCAACAGAAACAUUAAACGAACAUGAUACCACUCAUGACAAUCUAAUUCAUCAUCGAGAAGAACCAAACAAUUCAUAUCCAUUUCAAAAUGACCAAAAACCGUCAACAUCAAAACUAGAUGAUGAUGUGUUUUAUGAUUCCACGUUAAUUUUAGAAAAUGAAGAUUUAAUUUUGCCACCGGAAGAUUUUCAAGAACACCCGUACGAUUUAAAACGCGACGAGGAAUUGGAAUAUUUAAAAUCGCUUAAAGGAAAAUUAUCUUCUUUAGGUAAUAAAAGUCAUAAAACGUCGACGAGUUCUGAAGUAAGUUUUCAGCAACCCGAAAAAUCGGAACCCAAAAAGAAUUUAAACGAGAAUAGUGUAAAAAAGAUCAAAGAACUUCAAACGAAAUUGAAUCAGUUAUUAUCCACUCUGCAAUCCCCGGAGAAAGAGUUAAAGAAAGGUUAUGAUUUUUACGAAAAAUCCGAGAAAAAACUUUUAAAACUUAAAGUUAAAUACAUUAAUAUUCGAUUUGUGCAAGAAGACGAAUUUAUAACUACUCGCUUAGACGUUGUGCAAAUGUUCAGUGAAGCUGAGAAAAUCAUUGAAGCAGGAAAACACGGAUUGAAUUGGAUAGAAAAGAAAGAUGAUGACGCGAAUUUCGAUGAAAACGAAAAUCUUGAACGGGAAAGAGAGAAUGAAGAAGGUCCUCGCGGAAGUUUAGUGUCAGAAUGUAGCAGUUUAGAUUUUGCAAGUGAAACAUCAACGGAAUCACCGUAUUUAAAGUUAGAAAGAUUAAAAAUUAUGCUCGAACAAAUGGUUUCUGAUAUCGAAGAGGCCGAAAUAUUGAAUUACGAUUUGAUUUUUAACGAACUAAACAAGUAUCAGGAUGAAUUUUCAGAAAUUCGUAUUCAAUUGAUGCCGGAAACUGCUCCGGUACGACAAGAGGUUUUUAAUUUAUUGAUUCAAGCUUAUAAUUUACUCGAAGAUAAAAAUGUAAAGUAGAAAUGUUAUCAAAUUGAUUAAUAAGUAAAUAAAUUAAUAAAUAUUAAUUUAAUUCAUAA